AUGGCACCUGCACUCACCACUGAGCCCACUCAAGCUGCCACUGGCGCCAAGCCCUCUCCGAGGCCGACCGCGAUAUUGCACCGGACGCCUUGGAUUCCGCCCGUCGCUACUCAUGCAGAGGGCAUCUAUAUCUACGUGGAGGAUGGCCGCAAGAUCAUCGAUGGUUGCGGAGGUGCAGCGGUGGCAUGUAUUGGACAUGGACAUCCUGCGGUCAAGAAGGCGAUUGCAGAACAGGCCGAUAAAUUAUCGUAUGUGUACAACAUGCAGCUUUCUAACCAGCCUGCAGAAGAGUUGGCACAAUAUCUCGUGAAGACUGGCAAUGGCGCCUUCGAGCUUUGCGGUUUCCUAUCCGGUGGGUCCGAGGCCAUGGAGAGUGCAAUGAAGCUCGCUCGUCAGUAUUACUACGAAACGAAACAGCCGCAGCGCACGAACUUCAUCGCAAGACAACUUUCAUUCCAUGGAAAUACCCUGUCAACACUGUCGUUGGCUAACCACCCGGCCCGUAGGGCGCCUUAUGCCGCUAUCCUGGACCAGACUCAUUUCCACCACGUCUCCCCCGCGUACGCGAAGCGUUUCCAGAAGCCCGAUGAGACUGAGGAACAAUACGUGGAGAGACUCCGUAAAGAGCUGGAAGACAAAUUUAUUGAACUUGGUCCUGACACUGUCAUUGGCUUUGUUGCUGAGACUGUCGUCGGGGCCACCUCUGGAGUCGUGCCUGCCCCGAAGGGGUACUUCAAAGCCAUGAAGGCGGUAUGUGAGAAGUAUGGGGCCUUGUUUAUCCUCGACGAGGUUAUGAGCGGUAUGGGCAGACUUGGCACCCUCCAUGCUUGGGAGAGCCUAGGGGACGGUGCCUCUCCGGAUAUCCAAGCCAUCGCAAAAGGUCUCGGAGGAGGAUAUGCAUCAAUCGGCGCCGUCUUGAUGUCGAGGAGGGUUGCCUCAGGUAUUCGUGAUUCUUCCGGUUAUUGGAAACAUGGGCACACCUACCAAGCACACCCAUUGUCCUGCGCUGCCGCGCUUGCCGUGCAGAAAGUGAUAGUCGAGGAGAACCUCCUGGAGAACAUCCGCACGCAGGGCGCGUAUCUCGGAUCAUUGCUUCGCGAGCGCCUGGAGUCGCCGAACGCCCUCGCAGCACCGUUCGUCUUCGACAUUCGCGGCGCUGGCGGAUGGUGGAGCAUCGAGUUCGACUUCACAGGGCCCGAAGCGGCAAAACUGGAUUUCAAGGCAGAGAAAUUCGGCUUGGUUGUGCAAGCCCGCUGCCUGGAGAACGGAUUGGCGAUCAUGGGUAUGACCGGCGGCUCGAAUCUCGAAGGAACGCUGGGCGACCACCUGAUGAUUUCGCCGCCGUACAACGUCACGAAGGCAGAGGUGGAAAGGAUUGUGGAUAUUCUGGUUGCAAGCGUUGAGGAGAUUUUGAAGGAGGCCGUGGUAUAA